GAGAGUCGUUUUUUGUUUUUAGUUUAGGAACGUCGUCCACAUCAGGCGAUGUUCCUGCCUUGCUCGUGCGCAUACGUACGUAGAUCUUUUGGCUUUGGUCAGAAGGUUUAGGGUCGGAGCGCUCUCAGCACUGCUGAAGCUUUAGAACCAGAUGGGAGUGCACACCCGGACGGAUCAGAGCAAAAGGCUUUAUUAGCGCUUUUUGAACGUAGAUUUUACCUUUACUUCCUUGCUGCUCUUUUGCUUUCCCCGGGCCCUACUGGCACCAAGCAGGGUUUUUUGUGGGUUGGGACAUGACACCAUCCGGUGUCCUAUGCGGGUAUUUUGCUUGAAUAGAAUCUUUAGGUCUUACCAUGCGGUUUUGUGCACACUCUCUCUGAUCAGUUGCGGUUUCCAGUUCUUCUCCCCUGAUUCAUCUUCCCGUUUCCGCCCCGGUACCUUCGCCUGCGUCGAAAUGGGUUUAGAAGGGUUGAGUGGGUUUUUGGUUUUAGGGUUUUAUUUUGAUCUUAUUGCACCAGGGAGUGAUCGAACUUGAGAUCUUACUUUUUCUGGUUGAGAAUAAAGGAG